CUAAAUAGCUCAAAAAAAUGUGAGAAAAUAAAGAUUAAAAUUAAUGGAUGUUUUUUUAUUUUUAUUAUAGUAAACUUACUAAAAAACAAGUGAAAGAGCCUCAAAGAUGCAUUCAUUCGUCAUCGGCGCACAGAGAGGGAACAGAGGAGCGGAGCUUCGCCAAGUGCACGGUCCAGCUAUGUCCAUGCGGAGAAAAUGGCCUUUCUAAUACCAUGCACUGAAAUGCGUAGUAGCUGGUCGCAAAGUCAACAGCAGGAGGAGGAAGAGGAGGAGGUCACCAGAGACAGUGAGGCCUGUGCGUCUACGGGGCCACUAAGUCCUCCUCCACCCGAUCCCACCCCUCCAUUCCAAACCCCCACACAGCCUGCCCUACCUGUCGUGGAAACCGAAAACAUUCGGACUCACCGUCCAAAAAGGAGAAGACCAGAUCGCCAAGAGGACCGGCUAAUUGCAUGCCUGGAUGCACUUGCCCAUCCAGCACCCAAACUCUCUUGUGAUGGCCUUUUCUUACUUAGUUUGGAGGAAAAAAUGCAGCAAGUGCCCAGAAGUCGCAUAACUGAAGCGAGGGAUACCUUAACAAGGGCCCUAGACAGCUUCAUUCCACAUUAUGACAUCACACAGCCCAAAAAUGCACCACAACAUCCACCACAACAUCCACCACAACAUCCACCACAACAUCCACCAACCACUCACACAUACACAUCACAAACAUACCCACAAACUAACAUACCACACCCUCACGACACAUGUCACACACAACCACAAUCAUCAUACAGCUAUCCCUCCACCAGCAUGGGCAACAACACCUCCACCACCACUCAAAUGCAACCUGCCCAUCAAUCAGGUGGAAUGAGAGAGGCCAUGCGGGAUCCAGAGCCACAUUUUGCCUUCCCACAGUACCAAAACCUUUGAGAAAUAACAUACAUAAUUUGGUGCAUCAGGGGUGUUCGACCUUCAUUGUUAAUAUAGGAAAAUUACCUAAUAAUUUUAAGUUAAAAAGUACGAUAGUUAUGUUGAUUUUGUUAAACACACUUUGCGCAUGUUUUGAGGAACUGUAAGAUGUUAUUACUUUUCCCAAAAAUAAAAACAUUCGCAAAGUUUUUGGGACUUUUAUUUCGAAGUGAGUGGUUCCGUAUGGAAAAAUGUGGGUAAACUAUGUAUGUAUGGUAUCUAUAUGCCAAAUUUAAAAAGCAUACACAUCCAAUACCCCCCCCCCGCAAAAACACUCAAACGUCACAACCACCAGUAGAAAAUAACAAAGGCCACACUAAUAUCCAGUCACCACACAAUGCAAAUGCUUUAUAAGGCCACAAUUAGAGUCUACUUACCGCAAAG